AUGCGUUAUUCGACUCUUUUCGCCUCUGUUUCGUAUCCUCUUCUUGCCCUGGCGGCCCCAAUGAAGUACCCCCGUGCUGCCAGUGCAAACGACAUCACCGUUCUCAAGUUUGCCAAUGUUCUGGAACAACUAGAGACGGAAUUCUACAAGCAAGCCCUGGCCAAGUUCAAGGAGUCCGACUUUACUGCUGCCGGUUUCGUCUCAGCUUCUGUGCCAGUCGAGCAAUUCAAUUCCAUUGCAACGGAUGAAGCCACGCACACUAGUACCCUUGCCUCCGUACUACGCUCUCUCGGCCAGGAGCCUGUGUCAGGAUGCAAUUUCGACUUCAACGCAGCGCUUGCCGACGUCAAAACGAUGGCCGCAGUUGCACGCCUUGUAGAGAAUGUUGGUGUAUCGGCAUAUCUCGGAGGGGCAGCCCUGAUCGAUGACCGACAAAUUCUCGUCGCUGCUGGCACAAUUCUAACCGACGAGGCUCGUCACCAAACCGUCUUAAACAUGCUCAACGGCGGAGUUGCAAUUCCAGCGGCGUUCGACGUUGCCCUGGCCCCCUCUCAAGUCUUGGCUAUUGCUGGUGGCUUUAUCUCGGAUGCGACCUUGGUAUCCCAGGUGACCAACACCGGAGCGGUUGCCCCUGGAACGACUCUCACAUUCGACUCUCCUGCACUGGCGGGUCUCGAUCGGGCAACUCUUUCCUGCCAAAUGAUGACGGGAGGCGUCGCCAGUGCCGCUGUCUUCCCUAUAGAUCAAUGUGUUGUCCCUCAAGGUCUUGAAGGCCCGGUCUACAUUUAUAUCACCAAUUCGACCCAACCUCUGCUGAAUAGUCAACAAAACCAGAAUGUGGCGUCGAUUGUUGCGGGGCCUACAGGCGCUUUCAUUGAUACUCGCCAAGAGAGUGCAAGCUCAUUGUUCAAAUCCGGGGGGCAGUUGAACUCUGGGUCUACUACCUCAACUAUUACCCCAGAACAGGCUAGCCAGAUUGCAGGCGGAGGGCAAGCUGGUGGACCUGCUGCUCCUGCACCAACUCCUACACCCGCCGCGGGCGCACCCCCUGCACCUAGUGCACCUGCAGCCGGCGCACCUCCCUCGAGUGGCGGUUCGACUACUUCUAGUGCCGCCUCAUCACCUACACCUGCUGCCGGCGCCGCCCCGACACCAUCUGCGGAACAGUCAAAUUCCGCUGGGGGACCGGCAAUAGUUAUUGGUUUUACGACACGAGGAGCUUAG